AUGGUCGCUACUACCACCACCACCACCAACGCGCAACCAACGAUGGAGAUCUCGCAGAUGAACAACUUCCCAGCGGCGGCGCCCGCUGCUGCUGUUAUUUCUGAGCAACCCAGAUCAAACCCCAUGUCUCCCGCCGCUCAACCACCCACCACCAUCUUCGACGUCCAAGACCCCAACAACGCCGCCGAAGAGCAAGAAGUCGGCCUCAGAGGCGGCUGGAUGACCAUCGGCAAGCACUUCAACUGCUGCGGCCUCAACUGUGGGUUUAGCAAGACCUUUUAG